CCAGCAAGCAAUUCUCUCAGUACAAUUCAGCUCUCACGACGGCACGCGUUGCCGAGUAAUACUACGCUUUCCCGGCUUCAAUGUUGAAUUCUCUCUCCUCCAAUCUUCCCUUGUUUGAUACCCAAAAACGCUCUAUGCCGUAGCUAUUCGAAUGCUAUAGGCGCAUUUGCGAUGUCGAACUCAAAUACCUCCUCAAAUUCCCCAAGCGAUGUGGUCAUGGAACCGUCUGCUGCCAUCGAUUCCGAGUCUUUACCAGGAGGCCUGGGCCCAGGAGCUAAGCCUCUAGAGAAAACAAUAGCCUGUGUAUCAUGUCGAAAAAGGAAGCUUCGUUGUGAUCGAAGCAAACCACAAUGUGCAACAUGUACACGACUGGGGCACGACUGCGAAUAUCCCGAGCGCAGACGGAAUCUAGGCGCCAAAAGACGAAACAUGAAGGAGCUUGAGGCUAGACUCGGUAAGAAAUACAGCAGGGCUCAUAAGUAGAGUCAUACGUUUACAAAUAUAUCAGCACAAGUAGAGACCAGGCUGGUCGCUGAGGUCAACGCACAGCAACAGAAAUUUCCCGUUGAUUCUGCGCCAGUUGUUGGAGCCGAUUGGGAUGCCAUAGCCAAAGAUCUAGAUUUUGACAUAGGAGAUACCGUACCCGAUUCAAUAUUUGAUACAAAUCAAUUCGGCUUUGGACUACAACCUAGCCCCCAGACCAUUUUCGUUGAGGAGCCUCCGUCUCAAGAACUUAUAAGUUUGGGUUUAGAUGAACCUUUGCCUCCAGCAUAUGUGAUAGAUGAACUGUAUGUUUGAAGCACCCACCUCAGUCUAUGAAAUGCCUCAGGUUAUCUCUCGUGCUUUGGUUACAUUUAUAUAAGUCAACACCGAGGUGAAACGUAUGCAGCCUGCGUUUAGGUGAUAACUGAUCAAAGUUGGAUCAUGCACCUAGGGUAGUCCCUCAAGUGUCCUGCCAGCCAGCGCAAAGCUUACCUGGUCGGUUGGUACCUUGUCUUUCCUUCCACUAACACAAUUUAUGCAGUCAUAAAAUAUACUUUGAGAAGCAUCACCCGAGUAUUCCAAUGAUGCACAAGUAUCGGUACCUCACCUCACUUGAUAGGGCUCCCAGUACACGCCCACCAAUCUGUUUACGCUAUACUAUUUGGGCAACAGCUGCUAGUUUGACAGAUGAAUACUCAAUCUAUGAGGAUGUAUUCUACAAGCGAGCUAGAAAAUAUAUAGAAGCUGCCGAAAUGAAGGUGAGUGAUGAUGGCGUAUUGUGAAAAAUCUCUGCUUACCCCAAUUAGGGUCAUGGAGAGACGUUUGUUAGCUUAUAUCACGCCCAAACCUGGGGUCUGAUAGCACACUACGAAGCCAAGAAGACUUACUUUUCUCGUUCCUGGAUGAGCACAGGACGAAUGGCAAGAAUGGUUCACAUGUUAGGCUUGCACCGUUUAGAUGGUGAUGCAUCAAAUGCCCAACAAAUUCUCCCACCGCCCCGUGAUUUUAUCGAGUCUGAGGAACGCCGAAGGACAUUUUGGGCAGCCUUCUAUGGAGAUCGCUGGGCAAGCUCGGGGACUGGUUGGCCGAUGAUAUUUGACGAGAAAGAGGUUGGUCAAUUAUCCAUUCGCGAUCAUCAUACUCACAUUCUCAAGAUACACACCAACCUUCCUUGUUCGGAGGAGUCAUUCGAACUGGGCAUUCCGCAAAUCUCAGUCUCUCUAGCAGAAGCUUUGACUCCUCGAGGUGCUCCGACGAUAUCCCCAUUCGGUGGAGUGAUUUUGUCAGCUGCCCUUUUCGGUCACAAUUUUCAACAUUUGCAUCAGAAAGGCAAAAAUGAACGACCCGAAGACCUCGCGGAAGGCGAAUUUUGGAAGAGACACCGGAAAAUGGACAACGUACUGUCCAAUACUUUUAUGUUUCUUCCUGAAGACUUGCGGAUGCCUAAAGGCCGGCAGGACAUGAACGUCGUCUUCCUCCACAUGAAGUAAAUAAACCACGAUCUCGUUAAAAUCCCAUCUGAAGUGGCCGAGGAAAUCUGCUACCCCAGAUCCCACGUUCUCUCAUCAACGAAAAACGUAUAUGCUAAUUUGUUACAGUAUUCAUGCAUCCAUUGUUUGCCUUCAUCAGGCUGCUAUCCUCACAGCGCAGCGCCAUAACCUUGAUUCCAGGAUUAUUCGCCAGAGCAGAGGAAGAAGUCUCACUGCUGCACAAGAAAUUGCCAAUAUAAUGCGCCUUAUCAGUCACAUAGAUGCUUCACUUGUGAGUUCCUUCUCCAUCCUGGUCUGCCAAAUCCUAACAUGCCCAGAUACAUAGCUGGAUGGGCUUUUGUUUAUACGUCGCCGCAGGCGUUUGCCUUUCCGAUGUGACAAGCAAAGAACCGAAUCCUCAAAGUUCAUCAGACCUUUACUUUAUCCUCUCGGCAAUGAAUGCAAUAGGGAGGCGGCACAACAUCACCAAGCAUUUCACUGCUCAAUUGGAGCUCGAUAUCGAAGCAAGCGGCAUCGAAAAUGGCAAUACAUCCAAGACUCCUCUUGGCAUGGCUGAGCAUACCGUUCCAAACAUACCCAUGAUGGGAAUGCUUGCCUCACGUAAUGGACAGCCAAUGACUGUCAAUGACCUGAGGGCUUUUGUAAAAGCGAGUCCGGUAAACACGGAGAACCCUUCGAUUAAUAGUACCCCUCAAGUAGAAUCAUUGAUCGCUGUAGAAACCACUUUGCAAGCGAAUACCCAUCCAGAACAUGUGCGUUCUGGGGACGUCCAUUCCGCCUCCAAAAUUCAAACCACGCCAGUCCACAACCCGCAGUUCACACCGACGAUGCAACCUCCAGAUAUCGCCCACAAAACGUGUCCGUACGGUGAAACUCCGGGGAAUCCUUCUUGUUCCAAUGCUCCUUUACAGUCCUCGGAGCCCGCUGCCAAUAGCUCGAUGCAGUUUCCUCUUCGUCAAGCUGAAGGAGUACCCCAGCAGACUGAGCCAUCAUGGAGUCAUAAUAUCAACGGCUGGGACACGGGUACUGGUAACGUUGAACAAUUCGAUGGUUUCGGCUCGUCCUCGGUGGAUAUGGAAGCUUUAUUAGAUGGGAUAGAUUGGACUGAUGAGUCCAAUCAAAAUAGAAGCUGAACGGCGCAUCAAGUUUGAUGGCCCAUGUUCAACCGAAGGUAUUACAUUGAUCUGUAAGGCACAUGCUACAGAUUCUACUCACUCUUCUCAGCCACGUCGACGCCGCUUCUCGAGCGCUUUUCUACUUUGUAUAUAUGAGCCGGCAAGGUACCGCGCUAUACAGAACCGUCACACAGGUUUUUAGACGGGAUUUACGGGAUACCCAAGUACAUGAGGAUAUCCUCCUCCUUUUUUCACAAAAGGGGCAGGCAAUAUUUGAGCGGUAUAUGCCGUGCCUAUGUAUAGUAUACGUGUACCAUAUGUUAAACCUAUAGACCGACAUGAAAUAAUAAUUAUU